AUGGACGAGCCUGAGGAUGCCCCUGGGGGCAUUGAAACGCCCUUGUUUCCCCGAAACGACGGAUCAAGACCUCCCCUUAUCGGACAGACACAAGAAACAGGACACGGGAACACAUUCGAUGCUUCGGUAGUAGACAAUGCAUCUGCCGGUGAUAGCAGUGAAGGCGGCGGUCCUCUUGAACAACAUAUUUGGACAGUUAUUGUCCUCGCCCUCGUCGCAGCUCUACUCUGUUUUCUUGGCAAGCGUGCAGUAGCCUUCGUCGACAGACGGAUUGAGGAGAGAAAGGCGGAAGACCAGCGGAGAUGCCGCUCCGCAAGGAUGCGUUACGUGGAGAAGCUGGAAGGCGCAAUGAAGGAUUUCAAGAAAACAGAGGAGUUUAAAGAGUUAGAGAAGGAAGCUCAGGAUCGAGAGAAAGGCGUCCAACCAGAACAUAGACGCACAUGGCGGUUCCCAGGCAACAGCCCGCUAAAUCCGCAUUUCGCGCCUACGUACCGGCCUAACGUGAAUGACCGCUAUCAAAUCCGACGAGACAGAGGGGGCUGA